AAUUAUCAGUUGCAGAUCCACUUACGUCAUGGCAACUAUAUGAGUUGCCAUCAAAUGUACAGCAGCCGGCAUAGUAGCGCGAGUCAUUCUACCGUCUGCCACAGUCAGAGACACAACACCGAACUCCGAACGCAAUGGCCUCGUCUGACACAAGUGGAACAAUUUUUCCUUCGCCGUCCUUCAAUGCGGAGGUGGAAGCGGAAAGGCUUCGAGAAGCGAUGAAAGGGAUCGGCACCGACGAAGCUCCCAUCGUCGACAUUCUAACGGGCAUUUCUAACGGGCAGCGGCAAGAGUUGAAAGUGCAAUACAAGACUAUGUUCGGCAAGGAUCUUACAGAAGACAUGGAGUCAGAAUUAACGGGUAACUUCGAAAACUCCAUUCUUGCAUUACUGGACCAAUCCGUCGUCUACCUGGCUAGACAACUGCGACGUGCUAUGAAGGGACUUGGAACCGAUGAAUCUGUUCUAGUGGAGAUCAUUUGUACGAGGAACAAUUUGGAACUACUAGAGUUGAAGGAAACGUACAACAAGGAGUUCAAACGAGAUUUGGAAAAAGACGUCCGAUCCGAAACUUCCGGCCACUUCCAAAGGCUUCUCAUCUCUUUGCUGCAAUGUAACAGAGAUGAUUCUGAGACCGUUGACCAGGAUCUGGCCAUGAAAGAAGCUGAUGAUUUGAUGAAAGCAGGUGUCCAGCAAUGGGGAACAGACGAGUCGGUCUUCAACAAGAUCUUUGCUACAAGAAGCCCGCCACAACUACGUGCUACGUUCGAAGCCUACAAGGAGCUUUCCGGCAAAGACAUUAUCUCCGCUAUUAAAUCUGAGAUGUCUGGGGAUCUCAAAAGCGGAUACGUCGCCGUUGCCGAGAGUAUCAUGGACCGCCCGUCGUACUACGCUGGACGUCUAUACAAAUCGAUGAAAGGACUCGGAACAGAUGAUGAUACCUUGAUACGUAUCAUAGUUUCAAGAAGUGAGAUUGAUUUGGCUGACAUCAAAGAAAGGUUCUUGAUUAUCUACUCUCAGACUUUGGCUGAUUUCGUCAAAGACGACACUAGCGGCGAUUACCAACGCGUUAUGCUGGCUAUUGUCAAGUAGUCAUGUCAACCGACCAGGACUUGAACUCGAACUCUUGACUAGAAUUGAUUUGCUUAGUUGUAGUGCGUGAUUGCUUGCUUUUCCUUGAAGUUUUCGAUAGUGCAGUUGGUCGUGUUUAGCGGUACUUGUAGGUGUACGUGUAGGUAUAGAAGUGUUGCAGAGAUGGAAACGUGUUCUAGGACUGGAAUUACAGUACCCCGAUUGUGUCAAUAAAAGUUGUUGACAGUGGCAUCAAGA